CCUCGUAGCGCUGUUUGUAAUAAAGCGUCUCGUAGCUCCAGUACAGGCAGCUCGGGCAGCGCGUACAGAACAGAUUGCAAAGAUGAGCCCACAGACAGUAGCAGUUUUAGGACUUGCCCUGAGCCUGGGGCUGGUAGUGAGUGGUUUUCCUGCCGAGCAGCCAGAAAAUGGGAAGCACUGGGUCGUCAUCGUGGCUGGUUCGAAUGGCUGGUACAAUUACAGACACCAGGCCGACGUGUGCCAUGCGUACCAGAUUGUCCAUAAGAACGGAAUUCCCGAUGAGCAGAUUGUGGUGAUGAUGUAUGACGAUCUUGCUCAGAGCUCUGAUAACCCUACUCCAGGAGUGAUCAUAAACAGACCCAAUGGAUCAGAUGUUUACAAAGGAGUGCUGAAGGACUACACUGGUGAUGACGUGACUCCUCAGAACUUCCUGGCGGUGUUGAAAGGUGAUGCUGCCAGUGUGAAGGGAGGCUCUGGAAAAGUGCUGAAAAGCGGUCCAAAUGAUCAUGUGUUUGUGUAUUUCACUGAUCAUGGAGCCCCAGGUCUGCUGGCCUUCCCUAAUGAUGAUCUUCAUGUAGAGGACCUGAUGGAAACCAUCAAGUACAUGCACCAAAACAACAAAUACAAGAAGAUGGUGUUUUAUGUUGAGGCCUGUGAAUCUGGCUCUAUGAUGACGCCUCUGCCGGUUGACAUUAAUGUCUAUGCUACCACCGCUGCCAACCCUGACGAGUCCUCAUAUGCCUGUUACUAUGAUGAGGCCAGAGACACCUACCUGGGAGACUGGUACAGCGUCAACUGGAUGGAAGACUCCGAUGUGGAGGAUCUGAGCAAAGAGACUUUGGCCAAACAGUUCAAGAUCGUAAAGACCAAAACCAACACCAGCCAUGUGAUGCAGUAUGGAAACAAGACGCUGUCCCACAUGAAGGUGAUUGCGUUCCAGGGUAAUUCGAAAGGUCUUGAUAAGGCACCCGAGCCUGUGUCGUUGCCUGUGAUUACUGAACAUGACCUCAUGAGCAGCCCUGAUGUGCCCCUUGCAAUCAUGAAGAGAAAACUCCAGAAGACCAAUGACGUUAAUGCUGUUGUCGGUUACAUGAAAGAAAUCCAUGAACAUCUACAGGUGCGGGAGCUGCUUGGUAAUACCAUGCGUAAGAUCGUAGAGCAUGUGGUGCAGGAGAACGAGGAAGUGCAGGAUUACCUGGAAGGACGUGAAGAACUCACAGAGUAUGAAUGUUAUAAAACUGCUGUCAAGCACUACAAGAAACACUGCUUCAACUGGCACCAGCAGGAGUAUGAAUAUGCUCUGAGACACCUGUAUGCUUUAGUAAACCUGUGUCAGGGAGGAUACCAGGCCCAGAGAAUCACAGCAGCCAUGGAUGAUGUGUGUUACUUCAGACAGUAGGAACAUGAACUUGUGAGCCACUGAAGACAUAUUUUGGACGGACUACACUUUGCACAAAAGAAUCAGACCGUGGGGAAUUCUGUAUCAUCGCACACAACUGAUUUUUAUCUUUUUGAAAAUGUUUCUUUUAAUGAGAAUUUGCACUUUUAAUGUGAUUGUUUUUCUGAUCUUUAUUUUUUUUUAAAGAAAGAAAUGUGCAAAUUUACAUUUAAAACAGUGCAGCUUUAGAAUGACACAAUAGCAAUUUUUUGCACCUUAGUUACUGUCAUUAUAAUUAAAAAUAUCUUAAGAUGGUUUGGAAACCAAAGUAUUCAAAUGACCAAUCACUGAAUAAAGUCCAAUCUUACAGGAUGUUGAAUAGAUGCAUUCAAACGAUGUGAAACAAACACUAGAUAGCCACAUGCUGCACUAAGAUUAUUAUUAUUAUUUUUUAUCUGCUUGUUGACUGAGCCAUGACAAUACCCAAUUUCUCUCCAGUAGUAAAAUCAAAGGAGCUCUUUUUGGUUAUUGACUAAAUGUAUACCUAUAAAACUAAAGUGCAAACUAACCUAACUAUCAGAAGUAUGUGGUCAUACUUAACAAAAAGUUUCUUAAAUAACUGAGAUCACCGCUCCAAAACAACUGCAGUUAGAGCAGUUAAUGGUUUAGUGCAAUGGUUGAUGUGUCAGGCUGUGCUAUUAUGUCAAGUGCCCUCCGUUUAGAAUAAUUUGAAGCUAAAGGAAGGUGUAAUGUUUGAGGAAUGUUUGCUGGAGUUUGAGCUCUGUAAGAAAAGUGAGUUUGCACUGACAACAUGGGUUAAAACACUCUGUGAAACAAUACACUGAACUACUGUCAACGUUAAGCAGUGUUAUUGAAUAUAAAAGCAAAAUUAAACCUGAAUU